CACCAGCCGCUCCAUUUCCCUAGCAAGCAACGAGCUCGAGCCGGCGAUCCUACCGAGAGACGGAGCUUUGUAGUCGUAGAGACCAAAGAGGAAACAGAUCCACGGAGACGAUGGAGACGGUGGCGGCGAACGGCGGGCGGGAGGCGGCGAGGACGUCGUACGGGAAGAGGGACGGCCAGCAGGCCGGCGUGGGCGUGGGGUGCGGGCAGUGCUUCCAGAUGCCGCUGCACUACCCGAGGUACAGCCGGGAGGACUACGAGGCCAUGCCCGAGUGGCAGCUCGACCGCCUCCUCUCCGAGUACGGCCUGCCCGCCACCGGCACCAUCCAGCAGAAGCGCACCUACGCCAUGGGCGCUUUCCUCUGGGGCGGCGGCAACCACUGAUGAGCUAGCUCGAUCUACCUGGCCAGCAGCUUGCUCCUCCUACCUAUAGCUUCCUGAUCUCGAUCGAUCAGCGGCGUCACGUACUCCUAUCUAGAGAGCGAGAGCGAGAGAGAGAGAGAGAGAGAGAGAGAUCUAUAUAGAGUUAUAGUCAGACGUCGUACACUUCCGUGUGCUGUGCCUGGUAGAAUAUUAGUGUGCCGGUUUAUAUAUAUGUACUUUAUGUCUCCGUAUAUCUAUAGAUAUUAUUUGGCUAGCUAUAUGAUAUAUAUUUGUCUGGAAACGUGUGCUCUUC